CGUUUCUUGACCAAUUUUGUGGUCGCUUUUACAGAGCUCGUUUCAACAUGCAGUCUAAGCUUGCUCUCGUGGGCUUGGCCCUGGCUAACUUGGCCGCUGCUGGACCUUGUAAACCCAGUGGUCUAACAAGUCUUGCACUUACAUCCUCCGUCAUCUCCGAAACAUCCGAAGUCCCCAGCCUAACCAUCCCCCAAUCGACAACUACAACGCAAGAAGUCGACAUCAUCAUCACCAACGCCAUCGACGGAGGAAGUUUCGCCGCCCGCAAUGCCAACAACCCGCCCAGUGGCCUCACAAACUUCGGCGCGUCCGGAAAUGCCGAGUUUCACGAGGGAGGUUGCUACAAGGCUGACGGCAGUCGCGAUGACGGUUGCGCUGCAUUGACUGCUUCUGGGAACCCAGCUGGAAAGCGAGAUACGGGGUCAUUUGCUAGUAUUUGGCAAACUCUCAACUCGCUGAGCACUGGGUCUCAGAAUACUUAUACUGUUCAGUUCUACUAUGCUGUUCUUUCUGGUGGUAGUCAGGAUUGCACUGUCGCCGCGGUUCUGGGCAAUAGGCAGUUCUACUCGCAGUCUCUUUCAUCUGUUGGAACAGGCGUUUCUUGGACGCAUGUUCUUGAGCAGGUUGAUGCAGAGUCUGCCUCUGCCACCUUUGCCAUAUCUAUGACUUGCACCGGAAACGGUAUCUCUAUUAUCUUGGUCGACUCGAUUUUUAUCUCCAACCAAGUCACCCCCGCCAACAUUGGCAACUUUGUCCUCGACUUUGGCGCGCCCACUACAAACCCAGUUUCGACAUCCGAAACAUUCACUGAACGAACCAUGGAUCCCGAAACAACCUCUGCCACUUCCUCAUCAGAGGUCUUCACCGAGAGAACCAUGGCCGAGACCACCACCACCGCUCCUCCCAACACCGAUACGACACGUCCAGCUCAACCCACCGAAACAGCCUGUAAGCCAACAUGCGGCCUGCGCAACGGCUUUGACAACAACCCCGCAUGGAACUGUAGAGUGUACGGCCUGUACAACGGCUUGACAUACCAGCUCUCCAGUCAAGACGGCGACGAUGAGACGCGACCUUGGUAUGAUGGCCCCGAAGACUGUGCCGAGAUCUGCAAGACACUGCCUGGGUGCAAAUCAGCCGGUUACAUGUUCGCUCCUAGGAAGUGUUUCUUCUCAAACAAUGUUGUUACUCCUUCCGAGGUUCGCAACAUGAUGGAUGAUGGUAUUGAUGUUGAUUGGUAUAGCAUGGAUUGCUUCACAUGCUCUUCUUGUGAGAGUGGAGCUGCAGAGACAACUACUCCAGAGACUUCUUCUAUGCCUGUUAACACCGAUACAACUGUCGCCCCCGAGUCCACAACCUUUACUACCCAAACCUCUAACAGCCUAACGACUACAACAUCCCCUGCUGAUACCUGCCUCUACAACCGCGGUCAAGAAUGCGAGUUCGACCGCUUCACAGACCACAGCGACACUGUCUGCAUGUAUGGCGCCCUCUUCACCGGCACAACAUGGAAAGAACCUCGUGCAGACUAUCCCUACCAAGAUACUGUCUACCAAUGUGCUGCUAUCUGCCAAACCCUCAAGAACUGUGAAUCAUCUGCUUACUUCCAGACCGAGAACCGCUGCCUUUUCACCUCCAAGAAAAUCCAGCAAUCCGACAUGGAAAUCCACGAAGAUGCGCCACAAGACCACGCCGUCUGGAGUCAUAACUCCUGCUGGACAUGCCCAACCUGCUCAGAUACCGCUACUCUUCCCGCAGCGAGAUACUGCUCGUACUCACAAGGUGAUAGCUGCCGUGCUGUGUCUGGCAAACCAGGUGCGCUUUGUGACUACCAGGGCUUCUGGGAGGCGUAUAAUCAGUGGGAUCUUGACACGUAUCCUGAUCAGAGCUCGCCUGAGAAGUGUGCUGCUAUUUGUAUGGCGCUGGAUUACUGUGUUGGGUCGGGGUAUAAGGACGAUAGGUGUAUGUUUUCGUUUAGGGAGCUCAAGGUAGCGGACUUUAGGGAUUGGCCUGAUCACUCGAGGGAUGGAACGUGGAGUGAUAAUUCUUGCUUUGAGUGCCCUGGCUGUACGGCUUAGUGGUUACAAGAGUAGCAAGUAUUCUUCACGGUAUCAUAAUUAUUAAUUUGUUCUCCGAGUA